GAACACUUAAAAUAAUAACGUGGUUGGUGUUUGUUCGCAGCAGUCUGUCUCGCACCUUGCUUGCGCUCUUGCUCGGAUGCUCUCGCUCCUCCUUAUUCAUUCACCAUCGACCAUUGUCUCCACAACACAACGGGCCCAUUAUUACGCUGGGCCAGCUAGCUAGUACGACCAUGGCUUCGCGAAAGGAUAGCAGCAACGAUGGCCAUAAAGCUGAAGCGGAGGACACAGGACCCAACCAGCAAGAAAAACUCUUGGCUGAUACUGUUGGCACGAUUACCCCUCCAGGAACGAGUACGAUGAUAGAUGAUGAAAUGCUGGCAGAGAAAGAGACCAAGGAAGAAACCUCUCCAGUUGCAAGGAUGCCUAGCAGUAUCCUGGAAUCAGAGAAUCUUCUUCAUCUCAAGAUUUGUGCGGCCAGUCCAGGGCCAACAGGAACCGCCAAUAAUGCUGCUUCCAUGAGCAGAAAUAAUAACAACGGCAGCAAGGACCAUGCUGUAAAUUCCACUGGAUCUUCCAAAGUGAAACCUCCCUUUGUGGCGGAUACCGGUAAGGAUGAACAGAGAGCAGAUGCGCCGCCAGAUACUUCCGGUAUGGAAAGAAUGCCCAGCAGCAUCCAAUCAUCCGAGGCCUUGUUGAGUCUCAAAAUCGGUAUGGCAACUCCAGGCAACCGGACCGAUCAUGCUGGGGUUAGAUCUACCAGUAGUGACCCUGGCGAGUGGGGUUCGGUCCCCAGUAAAGUGCAAACUUUUGAAGAUGGGCUUCAGGAGGGUAACGAUGAAAUGAGCGCAGAUGUGCCUCCAGAUACUACCAGUAUGGAAAGAAUGCCCAGCAGCGUCCAAGCAUCAGAGGCUUUGAUAAGUCUCAAGAUCGGUAUGGCAACUCUAGAGCCGACCAAUCAUGCCAGGGCUGCUAGAUCUACCGGUAGUGACUCCGGCGAGCAGGAUUCGGUCCCCAACGAAGUGCUGACAUUUGAAGAUCGGCUUCGGGGCAAGAUUUUAAUUGCUGCGGGGCUACCGAUCCAAGAACACCCCCAGAGCGUGGGUGACACUUCGGCUGGUACCGGUAGCACCAGUGGUACAGCUCCAGAUUCGAAUGUGAAUGCCAACCAGUCACGUCAAACUGAUGAAGAGGCAGCUGCUGUAGGGACGAACGCAGACGCAGCAACCGCGAGUGGCCAGGCUCCAAGACGCGAAUCCUUGCCUGGUGCAUUUCCAAUUGAAGGAAUUGCCAUGUCGAACCGGAAUCUAAAUGCUGGAGAGGAUGAGGAUGAGGGCACUGUCAUGUGGGGUCAGCCAUCCGGUACAAUGAGCUUGGGUACUGCAAUGAGCAUGGGCACAGCAGGUUUUGUUUCUUCGGCAUUUCUGGUGGAAGACAGCAACCAAUUCGAUGAAGAGACAUCUCCGUUGUCAGAUGAUCCCUCUGGCAUCAGCAAUAGCAGCCAAAAUAACGCCGGAAACGAAAGGACUCCACCGGGAAGAAGAAGAUCAAGUCGUUAUCGCAUGGAAGAUCUGGAAGCUGCAUUGGAUGUUAAAAGGUUGUCAGACCAAGCAGCGCGUAACGCCGACCAAGCAGCCGAUAGUACCAACAAAAAGAGAAUUGUUGUUGCUUUCGUCGUGUCAUUGAUCCUUUGCUGCGCCAUUACAACAGGGCUCACCUUUGGAUUAAGACAAAGAAGUCCUGUGGAUGACGAUGAUGUUUUUUUGUUGUCUCCAAUCAGUAAUACCGGUACAGCAGCACCCCUUUUCCAACCUUUUGAUCAAAAGUUACACAGACAGAUCAUCAAGAACAUCGAAAACAAUGUCACCAGUCCCCAAUACAAGGCAAAUGCUUGGCUCCUGGAAGAUCCAAACUUUGAGGAAUACCCAGAUUGGCGGAAACAUCAAAGGUUUGCAUUGGCAGCAAUGUAUUUUGCAACUGCAGGGGACCAGUGGUUCCAGAACGACAACUGGCUUAGCUAUGAGAUUGGAGAGUGUGACUGGUUCACAAAACACCCUACUGAAGAAGCGAUCUGCGAUGAUGCAGGUCAUUAUUUAAUCCGAAACUUGACCAACAACAAUCUAUAUGGAGUAUUGCCUCUGGGUUUGCAUAUUUCCACUUUAAAGGUAAUGGAUGUCUCCCAUAACAGACUCCAUGGGCAACAUCCACCCGCGAUCCAAGGAGGGAGCCUUGAGAUACAUAUCCUGUCAAACAACAGCUUUGUUGGCAGGAUAGUUGGUGAAGCUGGAUUCUACAACACCUCACUUCGUGUUGUCAAGGUGGAUAACAAUCAGCUUGAGGGUGAAAUAUUUCUUACGCGCCGGUUGACUCCGAUGCUGGAGAUUAUGAAUGUUACAGGAAACAGGUAUUAUGGUACCAUCUCAGACAGGAUUGCUGAUAUUCCCACAAUGAAGUACUUGGGUAUAGGGCAUUCAUUCGUCUCCGGUCCUAUUCCUUCUGAGAUAGGGCUUCUCACAGGCUUAACUGGGCUUGAUCUGUCAGGAAACACUGCUCUAAGUGGAAACAUUCCAGAAAGCUUUGCAAAUCUCAGCAAAUUGAGUCACUUAGAUGUUUCUGGCACAUCUAUCUCAGGAAGGGUCCCACAAGCAUUGUGUGAGGCCAAGUUGGAAAUUGUGGCUAAUUGCAGCGUGGUUGGAUGCUGUUAGUUGUCAUGUAUGCACGGUUGCCUCUUGUCAUGUUUUCCGGCUGUUGCCUUUCAAAAAUUUAAAGUUUGGACGCAAGUAGGCAGACUAGCUAGCAGCGGUCAGAAAUUUAGCAUGAGAAGUUUCUCAUGUGGUUGGACGUCUGAGUCACCCCCUGCCAUGCUACCGGUCGGUCAAGACUCUGAAGCUCGUGCGAGAUCCUACCGGUAUCUCGCAGCGUCCUGUGCGAACACGAAGAGCAAGAUACGCUCUCUACUUGCUUUUUGAUAACACAAUUGAUUACGGCGCAAGCAUCAUCGUUGUGGUGGGCUGCGCUUGUUCCGUUCGCAAAAGGGAUUCCUACCGCAGCUAGGUCUACGAAUGUGCGUCAAGGCCGACUUUUCAAAAUCUUUCCUUUCUCUACUAUGCAGUCUUAUGUAAUUGAGCGGCUUUCAUUGUCUUUCUAUUCUUUCGCCUUGACUGUUGUACUAUGACCAAUCAAGCCUCCUUAUUACAACUCACCCAACGUUUGGAGCCAGCCCCACCAGCCUGAAGAAUCGUCAUCACGAUUUCGACGGCGCGAUGCAUAUCUGCCACCAGGACGGCUUCUGCUGCUGUCUUGGUACACUCCAUAGUCGAAACGUCGGUUGCCGCUGUAAUAGUCGUAGGGAUCGCGCAUGUACUGAUACUCGCUGUUCUGGUAGACGUCGGCUCGUGGCGACUGAUAGGCUGGGUCACUAAAGUGUCGACGGUUGUCCUUGACAUUGUAGGUACUUCUUCCCGGAGACAAAUUGGCGGAGAAAUCCGGCUGCAACGGAAAGUACUGGGUGCCAGAUGAACCAUCCAUUGUGUUGGAAUGCGGUUGGUUGACACUGGGUGGUCUGUAAGAUGCACGCGGUUGAUAGUACUGGGUACCCGAGGACUCGUCCAUCGUGUUGGAAUGACGUCCAUAACGCUCCUGGUAGUCGUACUCUGGCUCGCCGUACGACGACGAUUUGCGGGAUGGUCGAUAGAAGCUUGGCUGUUGCUGAUUUGGCUCCAUCGAUCGCCUCAAUCGUUCUUCGUGCUGUUGUCGAUAGGCCACAAUGGGACUUGCAGCCUGAUAGUUGGAUACCGGGGAAAAGUCUUGUUGUUGUUGCUGUUGAUAUCCGCUGUAGUAUUGAUUGCCCGCCGGGUCGACUCGGGUCUUGGGAGCUGCCAGCUCCAUCAUCGACAUAUCGGGAGCAAAGUUCUGGUUGCGUUGUUCUGGAUUAGCCGGCAUGUAGUUGGAACGCGGAACGUGUUGUUGGUCGCCACUGUAGUAGUGGUUCCCGGCCGCGUCCACGGACGUUUUGGGCCUGUCGACGGACAACCCAGAGUCGGGCUUGAGAGCAUAGACCGACUGCGAGGCUUGCCGAGGAGCCGGUGGCAGAGAUCGUCUGGGCGACGAGGAGUAUGGUAGAUCAUACGGGUUGUUGCCGUUCCGGUUGUAGUUCUGACUGUCUUUCCAGCUGUACUCUCUGUCGUACUUUUUGUUGUUCCAGCUGUAGUCUUGGUUGUUGUUCUGUCUGUUGUUCCAACUGUAAUCUUGGUUAAACCUCUUAUUCCUCCAGCUAUAGUCAUUCUUUGCGUUGUCAUUGUUGUUCCAACUGUAGUUGUUCUUGACAAAAUACUGACUGCCCAAUGACGGUGUGUCAGGAGCAGGCGAGGAAGCCUUCCUUGCCAGGGACUGAUUGGAUCGGUAGUAGGGAGAUUGGUUGUUGUUGCUUCUGUUUCGGUAAUCGUUGCCGCGCUCGUACUUGUUGUAAUGAGACCUGUUGUCAAUAUUUUUUUGAUACUUGGAUCCUCGCUGGUUCUGACUGUUCUUGUUGUCGUUCUUGUUGAAGACGUACUUGCUACGCGGGUUCACAACACCAACUUCAUCACGGUUUAUCGCGGCACGGUUCGACUCGUAAAAGUUGAGUCGAUUGUUGUUCUUCUUGUUUUUCUGGGUUUGAUAGUAGUAGUUGUCGGAUGACGUUGUAGAGCGAGCAUUGUUGUUGUUGUUGUUGUUGUUGUUGUUGU